ACCCCAUCUAUCCGAUAGAAAUGAUGGGCUGUCUUCGAACAAACAGCGAGAGAGAGAUCAGAGAUCAGAGAGAGAGAGAGAGAGAGGAGAGGGCAUCGAAAGAGACUGAUGAGUUGAGCUCGAGCGUCCAAAAUGUAUAGAUAGAUCAAGAUUAGAUAUUUCCUGUGGGUUUCUUUCCAAUGGCUGAGCCCAUCCCACUUGUUCGCCCUUGUUCUUCUUCUUGUUUCUAGCGCAACAAAGAGAGAGAGAAGAGAGAGAGAGAGAGAGAAGAAGGGGGAAUUCGGGGGGAAACAAAGAGCUGGGUUUUCUCUCAAUGGCUGUCGCCAUGGCGUCUGGAGCUCUCAAGGUUUGCUGCUCGGGCUUGAAGACGGCAGACAACUGCCUGUUUUCUGUUAAGUCUUGUGCCCAGUUGGGCUUUCCCUCUUUGGCUCCCAUCAGGGAUCGAAGAUCAUCAUCAUCUUCAGCUGUGAGCAUCCCUAGAGCUGCAUCUCCAACUGCCGUGGAGGAUGGGAGUCCUACCGAGACUGAUACAGUUCCUACUCCCAAAGUUAUAAUAGAUCAGGACUCCGAUCCAGACUCAACCGUUGUCGAAGUCACUUUUGGUGAUCGCCUCGGGGCUCUCCUUGACACUAUGAACUCGCUUAAGAAUCUAGGCCUGAAUGUUGUCAAGGCUAGUGUAUGUUUGGACUCAUCUGGCAAGCACAACAAGUUUGCUAUUACUAAGGCUUCUACUGGAAGGAAGGUUGAGGAUCCGGAGCUCUUAGAAGCAAUACGCUUGACAAUCAUUAACAAUCUUCUUGAAUAUCAUCCGGAAUCGAGCAGCCAGUUGGCUAUGGGAGCAACCUUUGGAACUGAACAACCUAAAGAAGUCGAUGUGGAUAUUGCGACACAUAUAUAUGUUUAUGACGAUGGCCCUGAUCGGAGUUUACUUGUGGUGGAGACAGCAGACCGACCUGGAUUACUGGUAGAUCUUGUUAAGAUCAUUACUGACAUAAACAUCACUGUUCAAUCAGGAGAAUUUGAUACGGAGGUAAAUUAGAUGAAAAUGUACUACAGAGUUUUCACUCGCUUAGAAUCUGCUAUGAGCAA